AGAAACUUAAAGAUCGCUUAACAGUUAAGCCUUAACUACACUUACUUAUAAAAAGCUUUUGGUGAGGUAGUGAGGAGUGAUGUACUGAUAUGAGUUUAAUUAGGUCAGGUUUUAAAACAAAACAUGAAUGAACUAGGAUGAAUUACAGCAGUUACUGGGUCUACUUACAGUUAAACAAAAAAGAAGUCUAUCUGUGGAUUUGGGGUGCCAUCAUCGAUUACCGCCCCGGGUUUCACCAAUACUAGCUACGCCACUGAAAAAUGGAUUUUAAACUAGAAGUACUUGAACAUGUUAGUAUGCACCAGUCAAAGAAAAAUGAAAAGACUGAUUUGAUGGUUGGGAACUCUAAUAUUGAGUUAAAAAAGGAACCUCAUUGUGAUUUAGAUACAAGUAGAAUUGAGGAUUCUCUGGAUAUUAAUCCCUUUUAUCAACUGAAACCUGAAAUAGACAUUAAGGAUAUAAAAAUUGAGAAAAGAGAAGAUGUACCUAUCGAAGAAAACCAAAUACUCAAAGAAGAUACACAAAUUAAAAUUGAAAUAAUUAAGGAAAACGACGAAACGUAUCAAAAGAAUCAGCUGUCUUCAACAAUAGAUCUUGAUGACAUGAAGGUGGAAACAGAACCAAAAGAUUGCUCAGAUGCAGAAAUUAAAAUUGAAAUUAUUAAGGAAAAUGACGAACCAUAUCAGAAGAAUCAGCUGUCUUCAUCAAUAGGUCUUGAUGACAUGAAGGUGGAAACAGAACCCAUAGAUCGUUCAGUUUUUCACCAAGAGGAAAAUUCAAAGGAAACUGUGAAAGAACAUCUGGGAGUACAUACAGUCAAAAAACCUUACAAGUGUGAAAUCUGUUUCAAGCAGUUAACUACAGCAUAUGUUUUGAAAUACCAUCUGAGAAUACACACUGGAGAAAAACCUCACAAGUGUGAAAUUUGUUUCAAGCGGUUUAUUACAACAUUUGCUUUGACGAACCAUGUGAGACAACACACUGGAGAAAAGCCUCACAAGUGUGAAAUUUGUUUAAAACAAUUCAGCUUUAAAUCUACUUUGAAAAACCAUCUGAGAAUACACACUGGAGAAAAGCCUUUUGAGUGUGAAAUUUGUUCUAAGCAGUUUGUCAGAUCAAGUAUUUUGAGAGAGCAUUUGAAAAUUCACACUGGAGAAAGAUCUCACAAGUGUGAAAUUUGUUUGAAACAGUUUAUUAGACCAAGUGUUUUGAAAGAUCAUCUGAGAAUACACGCUGGAGAAAAAAUUAACAAGUGUGAAAUUUGUUUCAAGCAAUUUAGUUCAGCAUUUAUUUUAAAAAGGCAUUUGAGAAUACACACUGGAGAAAAGCCUCACAAGUGUGAAAUUUGUUUAAAACAGUUUAGUGAUUCAAGUAAUUUGAAAAAACAUUUAGUAGUGCACACUGGAGAAAGACCUCACAAGUGUGAUAUUUGUUUUAACCAGUUUACUACAGCACAGAGUUUGAAAAACCAUAUAAGAAUACACACUGGAGAAACCCCUUAUAAGUGUGAAAUUUGUUUAAAACAGUUUAGUGUAUCAAGAAAUUUGAAAAAACAUUUGAGAGUGCACACCGGAGAAAGACCCCACAAGUGUGAUAUUUGUUUCAAGAGGUUUACAGAAAGACGCGAUUUGAAAGUACAUUUGAGAUCACACACUAGAGAAAUUUGUUUAAAGCCUCACAAGUGUGAAAUUUGUUUAAAACAGUUUAGUGAUUCAAGUAAUUUGAAAAAACAUUUGAGACUGCACAGUGGAGAAAGACCUCAUAAGUGUGAAAUUUGUUUCAAGCAGUUUACUACAGCACAUAGUUUGAAAAACCAUAUAAGAAUACACACUGGAGAAACCCCUUAUAAGUGUGAAAUUUGUUUAAAACAGUUUAGUGUAUCAAGAAAUUUGAAAAUACAUUUGAGAGUGCACACUGGAGAAAGACCUCACAAGUGUGAUAUUUGUUUCAAGAGGUUUGCAGAAAGACGCGAUUUGAAAGUACAUUUGAGAUCACACACUGGAGAAAUUUGUUUAAAGCCUCACAAGUGUGAAAUUUGUUUAAAACAGUUUAGUGAAUCAAGAUAUUUGAAAAAACAUUUGAGACUGCACAGUGGAGAAAGACCUCAUAAGUGUGAAAUUUGUUUCAAGCAGUUUACUCAGGCAGAUAUUCUGAAAAAACAUCUGAGAAUGCACACUGGAGAAAGACCUCACAAGUGUGAAAUUUGUUUCAAGCAGUUCACUACAACAUUUGCUUUGGCAAACCAUGUGAGACUACACACUGGAGAAAAGCCUCACAAGUGUGAAAUUUGUUUCAAGCGGUUUACUCAUUCAUAUCUUCUGAAAAAACAUCUGAGAAUACACACUGACGAAAAGCCUCACGAGUGUGAAAUUUGUUUGAAGCAGUUUAUUCAUGCAUAUCUUCUAAAAAAUCAUUUGAGAAUACACACUGGAGAAAGACCUCACAAGUGUGAAAUUUGUUUCAAGCAGUUCACUACAACAUUUGCUUUGGCAAACCAUGUGAGACUACACACUGGAGAAAAGCCUCACAAGUGUGAAAUUUGUUUAAAGCAAUUCACCUUAGAAACUACUUUGAAAAACCAUCUGAGAAUGCACACUGGAGAAAAGCCUCACAAGUGUGAAAUUUGUUUUAAGCAGUUUGGCAGAGCAAGUAUUUUGAAAGACCAUCUGAAAAUACACACUGGAGAAAAACCUCACAAGUGUGAAAUUUGUUUGAAACAGUUUACUCUAAAAUGUAAUUUAAAAAGGCAUUUGAGAGUGCACACUGGAGAAAAGCUUCAAGUGUAAAAUUUGUUUCAAGCAUUUUGCCAUAGCAUUUUACCAAGCAACACUUUCGUACCUUUCGGUACGGCACCGGCUUACUAGAAUGUGACCGGCUGGACGGGUGCGGACAGCGCUUCCGUAUAAACUAAUUAACACUCAAAUAUAUUGUACAUAAAAAAGUGACGAAAUCACAUGUAACGCGAUAUCGUUGACAAAGUAGAUAAGACCGUAAUAUUAUCACGGAUUUACUUCAGCAAGUAAUUUUAAUCGCCAAUGAAUCAUUUACUGAAUGAAUCAUGUCUUUCUGUAUUUGACUUUAGUCGUUUCCCGUCUACCGGGCACCGAAAGUUUUAGCGACUACAGUAUUUUCCCGCCACUAAAAGGUUAA